AUGGAGGGAGUGGCCGGAACAUCCGGGGCCACAAUCACAGACGUAGAUUCAGAGUCGAGCGGAAGUGUCUCUUCCGUCCGGAGCAGGAGGCUCUGGAGGAGGCAUUCCCGCUCGAUUGACAGUGUGUCACUACACUUCACUAGUGACACUGACGAGCCGGCGCCGAAGACACUAGCAACCGACGGCCGAGGGAGAGGGGCGUCCUCCCUCGGUCGGGCCGACGCGGACGAGGACCGCCCCGUCCUUAAGGAGGACCUUAGAGAGUGUGGGCAGAUUGUGCGGGCAAUCGUAAGGAAAUCGGGCAAUCUGAAGGGAACUUCACAGAAGGCCCUAAACCGGGUGAUCAACCUCAUCAUCCGGUACGUGGAGCAGCCCGAGUCUGCCGCGAUAGCCCGCCUCGAAGAGGAAAGAAAAAAGGCUAAGGAGGAAAGCGCCCGCCUCGAAGCUACCGUCAAAGGGCUGCAAGAAGAGAACGCCUCGCUCCGCCGCAGGUUAGACGAGCUGGAGGCGUCAUCCAGUAAAGCCCCGACAGAAGAAUUGUGGGCAAUGGUCGAGGCUAGGGUCCAGGCCAGGGUGGAGUCGGCCCUGAUGGGGCCAGCCCAGAGGCCCACUCUGGCCCACGAAAAGAAGGCCGCCCCCGGGGACACGCAGCUCCCUGUGACGAGCGGCUUCGUAGGAGGGGCGCCUAACAACGGCAAACCGGCGAAGAACAAGGGGAAGGGGAAGGCGAAAGGAGCAGCCGAACCAGCUCCGCCCCUCUCCGCUCCUGCGACUGGGCCCUCUAGCGCGCCGCCAACAGCUGUCGCUGGUCCUUCCAGGGCCCCGGCAAAAACAGGGGGAAAGAAGAAAAAGACGAAGAAGGACACGCCAGCACAAGCCGCUCCGGAGCCCCGCCCGCUGCCGCCGGCUCCGACCUCGAUGGAAACGCCGUGGGUCGUGGUGGCCAAAAGAACAGAAAGAAGAAGGAAAGGCCCGCUCCGACAUCAGCGGCAAACACGCAACCGCCACAAUCAACACGUCGGGCGGAGCCAAAACUGCGGCCACCACGCUCUGCGGCCGUAA